GCGUGCCCCUACGGGGCGUGGCCACUCCAAGGGGGCGGGCUCUGGGUGCCGCUGGGUGCCGCUGAGCGCACGCGCUGUGCUGUCGCGGCUGUCGCCUGGCGAGACGGUGGAUGCGAUGGCUGGGCCAGCGUGGAUUUCCAAGGUCUCUCGGCUACUGGGGGUGUUCCACAGCCCAAAACAGGUGACCAGAGGUUUUGCUGGUGGUGUUCAGACAGUAACUUUAAUUCCAGGAGAUGGGAUUGGCCCAGAAAUUUCAGCAGCUGUUAUGAAGAUUUUUGAUGCUGCCAAAGCACCUAUCCAGUGGGAGGAGCGGAAUGUCACUGCCAUUCAGGGACCUGGAGGGAAGUGGAUGAUCCCACCAGAAGCCAAGGAGUCCAUGGAUAAGAACAAGAUGGGUCUGAAAGGCCCUUUAAAGACCCCUAUUGCAGCUGGUCACCCGUCUAUGAAUUUACUGCUGCGUAAAACAUUUGACCUUUAUGCCAAUGUCCGGCCGUGCGUCUCAAUCGAAGGCUACAAGACCCCUUACACUGAUGUGAAUAUUGUCACCAUUCGCGAGAACACUGAGGGAGAAUACAGUGGGAUUGAGCAUGUGAUCGUCGAUGGAGUCGUGCAGAGCAUCAAGCUCAUCACCGAGGCAGCGAGUAAGCGCAUUGCAGAGUUUGCCUUUGAGUAUGCACGGAAUAAUCACCGGAGCAACGUCACAGCGGUGCACAAGGCCAACAUCAUGAGAAUGUCAGAUGGACUUUUUCUGCAAAAAUGCAGGGAAGUUGCUGAAAAUUGCAAAGAUAUUAAAUUUAAUGAGAUGUACCUUGAUACAGUGUGUUUAAAUAUGGUACAAGAUCCAUCCCAGUUUGAUGUUCUUGUUAUGCCAAAUUUGUACGGAGACAUCCUUAGUGACCUGUGUGCAGGAUUGAUUGGUGGUCUCGGUGUGACCCCAAGUGGCAACAUUGGAGCCAACGGGGUGGCCAUCUUUGAGUCGGUUCAUGGAACGGCCCCAGACAUCGCAGGCAAGGACAUGGCCAAUCCCACUGCCCUCCUGCUCAGUGCCGUGAUGAUGCUGCGCCACAUGGGGCUUUUUGACCACGCUGCAAGGAUUGAGGCCGCGUGCUUUGCCACAAUCAAGGAUGGAAAGAGUUUAACAAAAGAUUUGGGAGGCAAUUCGAAGUGCUCAGACUUCACAGAAGAAAUCUGUCGCCGAGUGAAAGAUUUAGACUAACGGUUCACUGAUGGUGUAGGCUGCGUCACUCCUAAUGGACCCUGCCUCAUAAACCUCUCAUUCUGUGUGCAUUUGGUUUGCUUGUUUCUUGACAGAGCACAUGAUAAAAUCUGGCCUUUUCUUAACCAGUCUGUGCAAAGGAUGCAGGGGAUGUCCCUGACUUGCUUUUAAGGGACUUUUUCCAAGUGCUUGUUUUAUUUAUUAAAUGUCUAUCUGGUAAACAUUGUUUUGUAAACUCCAAGUAGACUUGUAUCAUUUGCCAUUGUUAUCCAUUUUACACUUUAAGUAAUUUUUCCUCAGCUGUAAAUAAUUAUGAUACAAAAUUAAUAAGAAACAUGUAACUUUUUAAACAAAAGUCCUGUCUUUCUUUGGCUUAUGAGAAACAUAAUGGAAGUAAAACAGGACAUGGACAUAAUAGCACAAGAUGACAUUCUUAUAAAACUAAAUGGGCACAGGAGAAAUUUCCCAGGAAAGUUCACAUCUAAAACAGCAAAAAUUUUCUUAGUGAUACAGAAGAUAAAGGCAGAUGCUUCCUUUACAUGUAUUAUUAUGAAUAAAAACUUCUGAUCCAAGAAAUGUAAUGAGCAAUAUAAUUUUGUUAAAAAGAUACAGAUAAUAUAUUAUGUACAAAGUCCUGCAUGUAUUGUGUAGUCAAUGGUUUUACUUUGAAGUUUAACACAGUUGGUAUGGCUCCUAAUGAAGCUUUGGGUGGUGCCACCCUCUCCCUGGAUGUACUGUCACUGUCCCAUGUAUCAAGGCCCCCAGCCAUGUCCUAACUGAGCCGGGCCAGGAGCCAACCCUGUCAAGUCCCCUCUACCGACUCUGCAGGGAGAUGGCACCACUUGCUGCUACUGCUAGGGGCCCAUCCCUGGUUUUCAGCUGCAGUUGAGGGAUUGGGAUGCUGGCUGUUGAUUUACAUCUCAGCAGCUGUCCCUUGGCCUCCUCCAAAUCAUUGUGCCCUUCAGCCAGCCCCUGCCCUGCAGAGAGGGAGCUGACUCAUAAAACAAGUCACCCUGCAGCGUGGUCUUGUCAGCUUAUGACCUUCAGCUCCCUCCUCCCGCGCCCUUGCCCUGGCUGCAGCAUGAGCAGCUGCGCUUUGGCCUCGUACCAAAGACAAUGUGUCUUCCCUUGCCCCUGUCAAUUUGCAACCUGCGGUUUUGCAUAAUGUCCUCAGCUCACAAGGGAAUUUCUUAACAGCAGAUAUCUUCAUGUGGGUCAUUUUUUUAAGGUUGUAACCAGACCAGUAAUCUUACAUGUAUUUUAUUUUGUUUAUGCUGCUGCUUCCUUUGUUUUAUUAGAUUGUGCUAAUUACCAGUGGCUCUUGGUUUAUAGAAAUAAAGAAUUCCAAAACAACUAA